GACGUCAUUUAAACGCGCAUACAUUAGGCCAUUAAAUUUUUAUGUUGCUUUUAAUUGUUUUUAUAAUGGAAGGGUUAAAUGCUGUUUGGGAGCUUGUUAAUAAGUAGUUGUAGUUCUAGCUCUGUGUCAUAUAUUCGUGUUUUAAAAGUGCACAUUUAACAUUGGUCGUUUAGCUUUGAUCGUCACGUCUCAGAGUUGCUUAAUCCUGUUGCAUUGGCCUAAUGGAUAUAACAGAGAAAAAGAACUGCCAGUGGAAAGCAAGCAGCCAGACAUCAGACAGCAGUCAGCUUCCCAUUGCUAGAUACAGAAAGCAACUGAUACAGGCAGUUAAAGAUAAUCAGUUUCUGAUUAUAACUGGAGAGACCGGAAGUGGCAAAACUACUCAGCUUCCACAGUAUCUACAUCAAGCAGGACUGGGUGCUCAAGGAAUGAUUGGUAUUACUCAGCCCCGAAGAGUUGCCACAAUUUCUGUAGCUCAUAGAGUUGCAGAGGAAAUGGAUAGUACUGUGGGGCGUGAAGUAGGUUACCAAGUGCGAUUUGAUGACUGCACAUCUGAGGAUACUGUAAUAAAAUACAUGACAGAUGGCUGCUUACUACGAGAAAUACUCAAAGACCCAGAGCUGAGGAGGUACAAAAUUAUUAUUUUGGAUGAAGCACAUGAAAGGAGUCUUAGUACGGACAUACUUCUGGGCUUACUGAAGAAGAAAUUUUUGGAUGAGUUCCCUAGCAACAAGCACACCCCAAGGGUCAUAGUGAUGUCAGCAACAUUAGAAACAGAUAAGCUCUCUGCCUUUUUUAACAACUGUCCAGCAUUUAUUGUGGCAGGCAGAACAUAUCCUGUCAAACAACAAUUCUGCAACUUGAUUGGCCCAAAAGAUACAGAUAAUUCUCUGUAUGUUAAAGAGGUCGUUAAGGUCACUUUGGAUAUUCACAUGAAUGAAGCAGCAGGAGACAUCCUGGUGUUCCUGACUGGGCAGACUGAAAUUGAGAAUGCAUGUGAUUUGCUCUUCAAGAAAGCAGAAGAAAUAGAUUACCGCUAUGACGUUGAAGACCAUUCUGUUAAAGGAUUGCUAAUUCUGCCAGUGUAUGGUUCAAUGCCAACAGACCAGCAGAGAAGAAUAUUUCAGCCGCCUCCUCCUGAUACUAGAAAAUGUGUGGUAGCUACAAACAUUGCAGCAACAUCUCUAACAAUCAGUGGAAUCAGGUACAUUGUUGAUUGUGGCUUUGUGAAACAGUUAAAUCACAAUCCAAGAAUUGGCAUUGAUGUCCUGGAAGUGGUUCCCAUUUCUAAGAGUGAAGCAGUGCAGCGGGCUGGACGGGCUGGCAGGACUUCAGCUGGAAAAUGCUAUUGUGUCUACAGCAAGGAAUUCUGGGAAGUGUGUAUGCCAGAUUACACAGUGCCUGAAAUUCAAAGGACCAGUCUCACUUCCGUGAUCCUUAUGUUGAAAUGUCUUGGAGUACAUGAUGUCAUCAGGUUUCCAUAUUUGGACCCUCCGGAAGAGAGAAAUAUUUUAGAAGCCCUUAAACAGCUGUAUCAGUGUGAUGCCAUUAACAGGCAAGGUCAUGUUACCAGAUUGGGCCAGUUUAUGGUGGAGUUCCCCCUUUUACCUUGUCUGGCUCGGGUACUCAUAAAGGCAGCUUCUUAUGGCUGUGAGGAUCUCUUGCUUCCAGUAGCAGCAAUGCUGUCUGUGGAAAACAUCUUUAUUCGUCCAGGCAGGCCUGAAAAGCAAAAGGAUGCUGAAGUUAAACAUCAUGAACUGGCCUUCCAAGCUGGUGGAAGUAAUGAUUUUGCAACUCUUCUUCAUAUCUUUGAAAGAUGCAAAUCCAGUGACUCUCCAGCAUCCUGGUGCCAUGAACACUACAUUCAGUGGAGAGCUAUCAAGUCAGCUAUUAAUGUGCAAACACAGCUACAGAAAAUACUGAGCAGGCUGAAACAGGAAAAAGAUUUCCCAGUGGAACAUUUUAAUGGCUGUAGAAGUGAGCUGCUUAGACAAUGCCUCUGUAGUGGAUAUUUCACAAAUGUGGCUAGAAGGUCUAUAGGAAAGACAUUCUUAACCAUGGAUGGCCAUGGAUCAGCUGUUCACAUUCACCCAUUAUCAGCACUUUUUGAGCAAGCGAGUCAGCUUGACUGGAUACUUUUUCAUGAUGUCUUGGUAACGUCUAAAAUUUACAUUCGGACAGUGUGCCCUAUUCUUUAUGAAUGGGUAAAAGAUCUGCUUCCAAAGCUGCACGAGAUUGAUGCAUAUGAACUGAGCAGUGUUGCACGACAGGAAGUGACAAAAGAUGAAAUUGCAAAGUGGAAAAUGAAGGAAGACAGUAAACGAUCAGGAGACACAGCUUCAUUGGAAGUCUUAAAGAAAAUGGAGAAGAGAAAUGAUGAGAAAUCUGUGGCAGAUGCUCGUAUGCGAUACCUUCAACGAAAACAACAGAAGUUGCAUGGAGAAAAGUUCACAGCAUUAUGAAAUGAAAUGAUUUGUGCAGCAAGAGACCAAGUUCAGUAAAUAAGAAACAGAAUCCUGAAUGAGCAGUAUGUGCAUCUAGACAGCUGGGGAAUAAAGAGGUGGUUAGAAAAAACAAAUGCAGAACCCUUUGGAUUUUUGGCAGUAGUUUUGUACCUACAUACUGUACUGUUCCUGCAUGGACUGAUGCAAUAUGUCCCAAGUUAUUUUAGAACUAUUUCAGUGACCAAAAAAUGGUUUGUGAGCAUUCUAAAUGCUGUGACCCAAACAACAAGGCAUAACAGGAUGUGAAUACUGGAAAUGUACCUGUUCUUUAUCAAAUGGUGUUAUGCAGUUGUAUCAUGUGACAUGAUCACAUGAAAAAUUGUUACAUCUCUUCAAACUAUACCUUGAAAUGUUUUAUUUUUAUUUUAAUUAUACAAUAGAUACAAAUGUAUUACUCACAAAACCUUUUUUUAAUAAUGUAUAAAUGGCAUUUUUCACAUGUAAGGUUGCUGUAGACUUUGCUUGAUUGAAUGCCAAGAUUUGACCAUCUGAGAUGCCAGAGUUUAGCAUUAGCAUAGGUUUGCAAUGCUUCUUGACAGGCAAGACAGAUAUCAUUGCUAUUGAUAGAUUCUUUGUUGGAGCAUUACUGUUCCAAAGUAAUGGGUAUUCUAACAUAACGUGGUAUGUCUUCACUCGCACGUUUAUUAUUUGACCUUUGUACUGAAUUUGAAAUAGAAAAUAACUGGAUUAUCACCCUGAAUUUAAAUGAGAAGUUGUUACCAUUAUGAAUUUGUCUGCCUUUUUAACUACUUUUUUAAACUGGAAAUGUACAGUAAUAACUGGGAUCAUCUUUCUUAGA